AUGAUCUUCCUGGAUAUUGAUGUUGACGUUGAUGAUGACGAUGACAAUGACGAAGACGACGGCGAUGAUGAUAAAGCCACUUUUUCCACUUUCUCUUUCUCCUCGUUGUCAAAAUAUUUUUUCGGUGAAUCAGCUAUAACAGUAAGGCAUAUAGCGUGCAGUGGGGAUAGUGUUUAUAUGGGUAUUUAUGUGGAUGAAUGUCUGAGAGGAGCAUUAAGCGAAAUAUUGGACAGGGAAACGGAAGAGCAGAAAAUUUUAGUUUGA